AUGCCUUUUUCUGAAUUGGUUAUCCGAAACAUAAAAGAAUUGUUUGAAAGCUAUAAAAACUAUAAAAAUUUUAAAGGUAAUAAAUUGACGGAAAAGGCAAAACAAAGUGUUCAAGCGUGUUUAGAAAUUCAUGAAUACCUUUAUGAAGACUUUAAAAAAGCCUUGGCUGAAUGGAAUGAGCAAUCUGAACAUUGUAUGGAAAGAAAAGAAGAGCUUAUACAAAAACAUGGCAAAGAAGCUGCCAUAGCCGUUGGUGUGGCUUUUAUUCCGGGUGUAAAUGUUGUCGCAGCUCCAGUAAUUGGUUACCGUGCAUAUAAAAAGAAAAAAGCUGCAAAGAAAGCAAACAAUCAGGCAGAUAGUGCAGUUACAGCAGCUGAAAAUUUGAAAAAAGAGUUGAUUGGACCAAUUGAAACCUUUAUUGUUGCCAUGAGAGAGAUUUCAAGAUCCCUUGAUACAAAAUUUUCUUUGAAUCAGAACUCUGAAAAAAUCAACAUCGUCAACUCUUGUUCGUUUGCAGAAGAAAAUUUUCGUAACUGCAAGUGUCAAACAAAAUCAUUUGAUGAUAAUGACAAAUAUGUCAAAUUGCUUGCGAAUAUUCAAAAUUUUAAUGAAAAUGGUUGGACAUUAUUACACAUUGCUGCAGCUGCAGGGUGUAAAGAAGUUGUUAAAAUUUUGCUGAAACAAAAACAUACUUAUGCUAUUGAUAUUAAUAAAAUGGAUAAGAAUGGUAAAACGGCAUUAGAUUUAGCUACAGAUAAUAAGCACACAGAAAUAGCCGAAGAUCUACUAAUGGAAGUUAACAACAAAGAGAAUGAUAUUAAUAAAAUGGAUAAGAAUGGUAAAACGGCAUCUGCAGAUAAUAGGCACACAGAAAUAGCCGAAGAAGAUCUACUAACAGAAGUUAACAACGAAGAAAAAGAUAUACCAACAGAAAUUAACAACGAAGAAAAAGAUAUACUAACAGAAGUUAACAACGAAGAAAAAGAUAGCAAUAAAGAAGAAUUUUAUCAUAUUAAUUUGGCCAUAGAGAAACGUGAUAUUAAUCUUUGUAAGUUAUUAUUGGAGGAAAAAAUGAAAAAAGAGGCUUGCUUUUUAAGUUCACUAUUACAUAACGCCAAUGCCAUUCCGAAGCGAUUAAGCCGAAGAGUGGAAAAAAAAGAAAAAAAAAGUGCAAUAUUACAUUAUUGCGCAUGGAAAGGAAAUAUUAAAAUCCUUAAGUUUUUGCUUGAUAAUGAAGAAACCCUUGGUCACGAUGACAAUGGCAAAACGCCAUUACAUUGGGCUGCAUCCGAAGGCCAUGAAACAACUGUAAAAUAUUUAAUUGAAUUAAAUGCUAGUUUGGUUAAUGAGGUUGAUAAAAAUAAUGAGACAGCUUUAUAUGAUGCCGUGUGGAAUGGUCACAUAAAUGUUAUUGAAAUUUUACUAAAAGAAAAGGCAGAUAUUAAUAUUGAAAAUAAAAAUAACUGGAAACCGUUAGAUAUAGCUAUAAUUUCUUGUCAACCUGAAGCCUUUAUAUUCUUGAGAAAGCAUAUUGCGAAUAAUUCCAAAAAUACUGAUUUAUUUAAUCAAAUCAAUGGUUCUCAGUUAGAUAGCUAUUAUCGGUUUAAAAACAACUCUACAAUGAAACUAGUUGAGAAAUUACAAAAUGUAGAAAGUCACCUCAAUAAACCAGGCAACAAUGACAUUGAUUCUCUUUCUUUUUAUCAAUUUUUUCUAAAACAUAUUGAAAUUUAUGGAGGACAUCUUAAUUAUGAAGAAAGAAAAAAUCCUGAACAAUAUAAAAAAGUUCUUAGCUAUCUACGUGCAUGUACAUUUAGUAAGAUUUGUUAUCUCAAGCAUGAAUUAGGAUCCAAUUUGAUCAUUGAUAUAAAUGAAUAUUUUGAAACAAUAGAAGAUGAUAUCAAAAAAUUCAAUGAUACAAAAAAACAAAAUGCAAUUAAAUAUUUUAAUGAUCAAUAUAACGAUUUAAUUAUAAAGAAUGUUCAAGAGGCCUAUAGCACUAUUCAUGAUAUAAUUGAACCCGAAAUGGAAAAUAUUGGUAAUAAGAUAAAUGAAAAGAUGAAAUCAUUAAUUGAUGAAGCCAAACAAUUAAUAGAAGGUGGUGAUGAAGCCAAACAAUUAAUAGAAGGUGGUGAUGAAGCCAAACAAUUAAUAGAAGGUGGUGACGAAGUCAAACAAUUAUUAGAAGGUGACGAAGUCAAACAAUUAAUAGAAAGUGCUGAAGAAAAUAAAGAAGGUUUAGAAAAAGAGCAGAAAAAUUUGAAGAAUAAAUUAAUAUUAAAAAGAUUACUUAAAAUUUUAAAAGUAACAAUUCGUGUAAUGCGUUAUACUGUUGGCCCUCUUGGAAUGGUUGAUGUAAAAAGUUCUUUAAAUCAAAUGGGAAAUUUAUGUAAAGAUGAACAUAUCAAAAUUGCUAAACAACAAUUACAAAAAUUAGACGAAGUAUGUAGUAACAAUCCUAUGUUAUCUGAUAUUUUAGGUGAAGUUAAAAAAGUGGCUGGUAGUACAGAUGUCGUAGAAAACAUAAAAGAUAAGUUAGAGCAAAAACAAAAGGAAUUAGAAGAGGGAUUAAAAAAACAGAUAAAUAAUGUUAUUACUAAUAAAGAAACAAAAGAAAUGUUAGUAACAGUGCAAAAUCUUAGCAGUGAAUUUAAACUUGCUGACAUGGAAUUUGAGUUAUACGAUAAAUAUCAAAACGACAAAGAAAAAUUUGGCAAACUAAAUAAUGCAUUCAAACAAGCUGAGGAUGACAUUAAAAAAUUGGAAUCGUAUGAAGAAAGUAUUUAUAGAGAAAUUAUUCCUAUGAUCGAAAAAAUACAAAGCGACAUUUGUAAUUUAGGAAAUCAAAUAGACCAAAAAUCCCACGUUUUUCUUGAUCUAAGUAAGUGGCAAGUGCGAAGUUCAUUAAACGAAAUAAAGAUUAUACUUCGGCAAAUCUCUAAAGGAUUUCCUGAAAUACGAGAUUAUUUAACCUCUUAUAUAGAUAAGUUAGAUGAAAACAUGACUACUAUUAUUAACAUAUAUGAUCGUAUACAAAGUUAUUAUGAUCAAUCAAGGCUUGCUAAUUACAUUGCGAAUAUUAGUUCACCAACGAAUACUACUGAGAUAGAGAAUGAAAAAUUAAAAAAAGAAAUUGAAAAAUUAGAACGAGAAAUAAGG